CUGCCGAAGUCCCAGUCCGCCCUGCUGGAGCCAGACAGCCGGAGUUACGGCCGGUGGAGUCCCCGGAGCUGCACCACUCCCUGGGAAGAUGAGCAGGCGCUUGAGAGCGGCGGGAGUGUCGGCGGCCGAUCUGCUGCUGUGAGAACCUCCUUCUGCCCGGGAAGGUCGUGGACUAUCCAGGCGAAUCGGCGCGUACUUGCCCACGGAAAGCGAUGUCUGGACCCGAAGCCCAUCACGGCCACAGCCGGAGGCUGCCCUCUGAUAUUGAAAAUGGACAACGGGGGCUGGACCCUGAGCAGAUGCAACAACAGCAGCUGAAACUUUGGGAAAGGCAAAGAUUCUUUGAAGAAGUUUUCCAGCAUGAUGUUGAUUUCUUCUUCCCAGUAUCACACCUGCAGAUAGAACACAGGAGGCCUCCCCUAGGUAGCAUUUCUUCCAUGGAGGUCAAUGUGGACAUGCUGGAACAGAUGGACAUGUUGGAUCUCUCUGACCAAGACACUGUUGAUGUAUUUCUUAGCUGUGGGACUGAGGAUAACAACAAUGUAGCUACCUUAUUGCCAGAUUCUAACACCUUCCAGGAAGAUAUUUCUCUGCAAGUACCCAAUACAGUUGAGGUCAAAUCACGAAUUUCGUCCACAUCAUCUGCCUCUACAGACCUGAAUAGCCUGGACACCAGUGAAGAAGGAGCUGAAACUCCUGUGGUGCAGUCAGAUGAGGAAGAAUUGGAGCAAGAUGGGUCUGAAGAACAGGAGAUCAAGAGCUAGCAAGGUUUUCCAUCCAUCGUGCUACAACGGACCCUGCCAGCAUGAGAUUAUGAACAUGACUGGAUUACUCUGAUUCCCACUGUGUAAAACCCACAGAAACUCCCUACCCAAUUGUUGUACUUGGGGAAGAUUCAAGAUAAUCUUUCCCCCUGCAGGAUGGUCAAUGCAUGGAUAAGGCAACAGAAGAGGGAGAAUAGGGUGAGGCAUGGGUGCUACAGAAUUAAAAUAGAAUUUAACUCUCCAUCUUUUUACGCAUAUAGUAAUGCUUCUGCUUCCCUCACACCAGGGCUCAGUUUGCUACAAGGCGACAAAAAUUUAAAACAAAACCUUUGUGCAAACUGACAGGCUCUCUAAUCCUAACACAUAUACACACACAAACAUGAAUGCAGCAUGCCUUUUAAUAAUAGAAGAUUACAUUCCUUUCAAACAAGCAGCUGGGAUGACAUGUGUUACUGGGAAAGAAACAGUGAGGCUACCUGGAUAGGAAAGAUGGAGAAGAAAUGGCUGAAAGGGGGUGGGACUAAAACAAUUUGAAAGGUUCUUGGAAUGAAUCAGAUUUUUUAUUAACUUUUUCAUUUGUUUGAUUUUACAUCCUUAUAUUGUAAAUAAGCGGCAUGUACCACAAAGCGCAGGAAGAGCUCUGGAGGAGGGAAAUGGGUCUUAAGGAAAAGCUACACAGUCAGGACAGUCUUUAGAAAAACUUCCUUUGAACCUCCAUACUGAAUACCUCAGUAGCAAAGUGAACUUUAAUUGCUCUCCCCUAAGUUUUAAAGUAGCCCAAUCAUUUCUAUGGUGAAAAUGUCUUCUCCAUUUACCCCAAUCAUUCUUUUUUUAUGGCUUUCAGAUCUUUUUCCAAGGGAGAAGAACAUUUUGUAGAUUUCUCUUGGCUGUGUCUUUAUAUUUACCUUAGUUGCAAAAUGCCUGAGAGAUACUUAUGUGUGUUCUAGCUUUCAUUCCACAGCCAUGUCUCCCACUGUCAGGCAUCCCAGCCUUCAAUUAUAUUGGUGAAAGUCAAAUCAGACAGACUACCAAAGAAAACUCCUUCCAUAGAGCUUUUUCAGAUUAAGAAGAAGAAGUAGGUAAAGGUGCUGUGGAAUGAUGCAGGUACAGAUAAUAGGGGACAAAAAGAACUACAGACUGCCACGUUAUAAAAUUAUCGAUUAUACCGAUAGAAUAUUUGUAGCUGUAGGAUUGAGCUGUAGAAUUGAACUGUAGGAUCCUUGGUGCUCUCUGAGCUUGGUGGUUUUCUUGCAGACGUUUCAUUACCAAACUAGGUAACUUCAUCAGUGCAAAAAUAUUUACACUAAAAAUGAUUCAAAAAAAUUCUGGGCAUGAGGCAGAUAGUAUGAUGCAG